GAGCGGUGUCCCGACCUGGCCCGGUGCCCGCCGGCUCCAGCCGGCCAACGGGGUUUUGGCCAAAUUGGGCGAGGGCACCAUAUAACCACUUACCCCUUCUCACCGAGGAAGAGCGGGAGAAAGGGCAUGGCGCAGUCUCCAGGCUGGGUGAGAAGGUACCUGAAGGCCUUUUGCAAAGGCUUCUUCGUGGCAGUGCCUGUGGCAGUGACUUUCUUGGACCGCGUGGCCUGCGUGGCAAGAGUGGAGGGAGCGUCCAUGCAGCCUUCUUUGAAUCCUGGGGGAAGCCAGUCAUCAGACGUAGUACUUCUGAACCAUUGGAAAGUGAGGAACUUUGAAGUGCACCGUGGAGACAUUGUGUCAUUGGUGUCUCCUAAAAACCCAGAGCAGAAAAUCAUUAAGAGAGUGAUUGCUCUUGAAGGAGAUAUUAUAAGAACCAUUGGACACAAGAACCGGUUUGUCAAAGUCCCCCGUGGUCACAUGUGGGUGGAAGGUGACCAUCACGGACACAGCUUUGAUAGUAAUGCUUUCGGGCCGGUUUCUUUGGGACUUCUGCAUGCCCAUGCUACACAUAUCCUGUGGCCUCCAGAGCGUUGGCAGAAACUGGAAUCCGUUCUUCCUCCAGAGCGCUUAAUGGUUCAGGGUGAUGAGGAGUGACAACAAAGAAGGCCAAUUAUAGGAGAGAUCACUGAUCACAGAAACAGCUGACAGGAAAAUGCUUUGACAAUGUGAUGCCAUACAGGAAACAUUCAUACACACAAGGUGGUCUUUAUUCUUAAAGAAAGGCUUUCGGUAUUAAACAGUUCUAAAUGACACUUGUUUCUGUGUUAUAUUUAAAGACAUAUUGUUUAGUGCCAAAAAUGUACAGGUCGUUGAGAAUAUGAAAAUAUUAUAUCCACAUGUCCUGAUGUAGGUAAAUUGGAGAUAAUUUUUUGCACAAACUUACUCUGUUGACUAGGUGUUUAUUUUGAUGCCUGCUGCUAAAAGAUUUUGAAAAGUAAUAUUCAGUAGAAAUAAUUUAUGAUUUACUGUUAAGACUGCACAUGGAAAAUCAGCUAUUAUACACAUAAUGAUAGGAAUUAGAUUGUCGCUGAUGGUAUUUACAAAGAAAUGACUGCCAGUUAGGAGAACAGCAACCCUGAUGUUAAAAUAAAACAGUGAUUUGUUCAGGA